AUGGCAGGGUAUGAGGAGUGGUAUGCACAUGGCAGGGUAUGAGGAGUGGUAUGUACAUGGCAGGGUAUGAGGAUUGGUAUGCACAUGGCAGGGUAUGAGGAGUGGUAUGUACAUGGCAGGGUAUGAGGAGUGGUAUGCACAUGGCAGGGUAGCACACAUUACUACACUGCACACAGCCAGGCCACAGCACUGCGGCUGCCUCCACCCAGCGGCCAGGCAGCCUCACGACAGACAGUGGAGUGGAGUGGAGUGGGUCUGGGUCAUGGCAUCAUACCACAGGACAUGCAGGCCGCAUCCCAAAUGGCACCCUAUUCCCUAUUUAGUGCACUUCUUUUGACCAGGGCCCAUACUGGCUCCGGUCAAAAGUAGUGCACUAAAUAGGGAAUAGGGUGGCAUUAGGGACACAUCCACAGGGUGUUGUUAGUGUUACCGUUGGAACAACUCAUCCUCAACGCUUUUGAGAAGGCUCCUUUGGAAGGAAGGAGAAGAAGAGAGCAACAGAAAGUUGGCAGGAGAAUAAGAGAGCAACAGGGAGAAGAAGAGAGCAACAGGAAGAAGGAGAGCAACAGGAAGGAGAAGAGCGCAACAGGAAGGAGGAAGGAAAAGAAGAGAGCAACAGAAGGGAGGAAAGAGAAGAAGAGAGCAACAGGAGGGAGGAAGGAGAAGAAGAGAGCAACAGAGAGGAGGAAGGAGAAGGAGAAGAAGAGAACAACAGGAAGGAGGAAGGAGACGAAGAGAGCAACAGAGAGGAGGAAGGAGAAGAAGAGAACAACAGAAAGGAGGAAGGAGAAGAAGAGAGCAACAGAAAGGAGGAAGGAGAAGAAGAGAGCAACAGGAAGGAGGAAGGAGAAGAAGAGAGCAACAGAAAGGAGGAAGGAGAAGAGAGCAACAGAAAGGAGGAAGGAGAAGAAGAGAGCAACAGAAAGGAGGAAGGAGAAGAAGAGAGCAACAGGAAGGAGGAUAGAGAAGAAGAGAGCAACAGAGAAGAAGAGAGCAACAGAGAGGAGGAAGGAGAAGAAGAGAGCAACAGAAAGGAGGAAGGAGAAGAAGAGAGCAACAGAAAGGAGGAAGGAGAAGAAGAGAGCAACAGGAAGGAUGAUAGAGAAGAAGAGAGCAACAGAGAGGAGGAAGGAGAAGAAGAGAGCAACAGAAAGGAGGAUAGAGAAGAAGAGAGCAACAGAGGAGGAAGGAGAAGAAGAGAGCAACAGAGAGGAGGAAGGAGAAGAAGAGAGCAACAGAAAGGAGGAAGGAGAAGAGAGCAACAGGAAGGAGGAAGGAGAAGAAAAGAGCAACAGAGAGGAGGAAGGAGAAGAGAGCAACAGGAAGGAGGAAAGAGAAGAAGAGAGCAACAGGAAGGAGGAAAGAGAAGAAGAGAGCAACAGAGAGGAGGAAGGAGAAGGAGAAAAGAAAAACACAGUCAAAGCACACGGACGGACGGACGAGACCUGGCUGUUUCACAACAUUCCAGACUACAGGGAGAUAGGUGGGCGUGUAGGGUCAAAGGUCAUGCUUUGAUAACAGAGCAGGGCAGCUAGCUCCACACAAACUGUGGUGAAUGGAAACAAGUUAGUCCAGGGGUGUCAAACUCGUUCCAUAAAGGUAUCUAGUGUACAUUUAGUUUUCUGUUAUUUCUUUUCAAUUUGGAUCCAAUUAAGAGCUAGACAACAAGCUGAGGGGAGUUCCUUACUAAUCAGUGACCAGGGCCUGUAUUCAUAAGGAGGGGAGGGGAGUUCCUUACUAAUCAGUGACCAGGGCCUGUAUUCAUAAAGCCUCUCAGAGUAGGAGUGCUGAUCUGGGAUCAGGUCCCACCUGUCCAUAUAAUCUCAUUCAUUAUAAACUAAUAGGCUAAACUGGCCCUAGAUCAGCACUCCUACUGUAAGAAGCUUUAUGGAUACAGGCCCUGAUAGUACAAGGGAGAGGUGAAAACCUGCAGCCCCUUCGCCCUCCAUGGAAUGAGCCCUGUAGUGUGGUGCUAGUCUCACAGCCAGGUGAAGUGGGGAGAUUUCACAAAAUGAUUCACACAACAAAACUCUGUAAAGUUUAAAACCUAUUCGAGACACCUAUAAAAAGACAAUAAAAGCUUACAGGAUAAAAAAAGAAAGAAAAAAAAAUAGAACGCUUGAGCAGAGUAGAUUAUUUACAGAGGUAUUGUAUACUAAUGACAAAGCUCAUACGCUAUUUUUUUAAACAUUUUUAGUCAUUUAGCAGACGCUCUUAUCCAGAGCGACUUACAGUUAGUGAAUAUAUAUAUAUAUAUAUAUAUAUAUUAUUAUUAUUUUUAUUUUUUUAAUACUGGCCCCCGUGGGAAUCAAACCCACAACCCUGGCGUUGCAAACGCCAUGCUCUAUCAACUGAGCUACAUCCCUGCCGGCCAUUCCCUCCCCUCCCCUACCCUGGACGACGCUGGGCCAAUUGUGCGCCGCCCCAUGGGUCUCCCGGUUGCGGCCGGCUGCGACAGAGCCUGGAAUCGAACCAGGAUCUCUAGUGGCACAGUUAGCACUGCGAUGCAGUGCCUUAGACCACUGCGCCACUCAGGAGUGGCUAUCCUGUGUCCCAUGGUCUAACCAAGAGAGGAACCAUCCCACUCUCCUACAAAAGUGUGGUUGGGUGCGUAAAACCAGGCAAAAAUGUAAUGGGUCCGCAUAUUUUUUAUUUUUUUUUAAAGAUGUCAAAUAAAGCGUACUUAUUUUUUGGUUUAUCUAGUUUUCAUUUUACAUAUUUUUAAGUGCGGAGGGAGCCAUUCCAUCUUUGCUUAGCCACGGUGGUAUUCAGUAGUCCCAGGCAGACUCCCAUUGGACCAGAAAAGACAAGACAGGAGACAGCCCAGCCAGCUAAAACAGAAGCCUGGAGCUAUAAUGGAGACGUUCCCAUGACGACGGUUACCACGGUUCUUACCUGGUAGUGAUGCCUCCCUCUGUGAAUGGGCUCCAGGGGGAGGGGAAGUCACUCUCUUUAGUCACAUCCUGGAGAGACCACAGCAAUAACAAACAAGACAUGUAAGUUAGUUCGACAACACCAGCGCUUAGAAAAUGGCACUACCUUUGACAAGGGCUCUGGUAAAAACAUAUAAAAAAAUAGUACACUGCAUAGGGAAUAGGGUGCCAUUUGCGACGCAGACAAGGUCUUUGAAAUGUAGGCUGGGUCUGAAAUGGCACCCUACGCCCUAGUCAAAAGUACUUCCACUAUAGAGGGAAUACGGUGCCAUUUUGGACGCAGUCACAUUUACAAUCACUUCCUGACCAACGGAUAAACAGUACGGGAAAGAGAUGUAAAUCACAAAUAACCAAUGAAAUUGGUUGAUGUAAUAUUAAAUAUAGUCACCAUUUCAGUGCGAGCCUCUGUUUCCUUCCUCAGUGGAGGUUCAAACUGCACUUUAUCAACUGUGGAGUAGAAAAGUCUGGUUGAAGUGGCAUUGAGACGUUACACAGUCAGGUCAGUAGGGGGAGCCAGAACACAACACUCCAACCAUCACAACAAACCACAUCCUCAUGCAUCGACAUGGAGUAGCGUAAAGUUAGCCAACCCUUAGACACUGACUGAUCUUAGGCCAGUUUUUUGCAUUUCCCACUAAUGGUUGAGGUUAGGUUGUGGUGAGGGGAAGCUGACCCUAGAUCUGUACAUAGGGGAAACUUCAAACCAGAGCCAUCAACACAAGCCAGGCCAGGCGCUCGGGUGAUUAGGAUCUCACAAUCAGGCACUACUUGAAUCCCAAAUGGCACCCUAUAUAGUACACUACUUUUGACCAAGGUUCUCUGGUGGAAUAGUGCACCACUUGGGACACAUGCCCCUGUUCGAACGCUUCCUUCGUUCGUUCAUUCCUUUCAUGACAAAGCUCACAGCCUACCCAAUCAUGUCAGGUCAGUGAUUCUUUCGAGGAAGGAUGCAAGUAUUUGAACAGGGCCUUAGUUUUACGAUGACAGCGUGAUGACAGAAGGUUUAGUUAAUGAAGCUUUAACACUCCUGUGUUUGAUCCUUGGUACCGUCAGACAGAGCCAGGUGGUCCGGUGCCACCACUACUACUUGUCACAUGCUCCUGAAACCGGCCUAUAUAGUGUCUGCGUUCCAAAUGGUACCCUAUAUAGUGCACUACUUUGGACCAGACGCCAUACGUCUCUGGUCAAACGUAGUGCACUAUGUAGGGAAAUAGUGUGCCGUUCGUUUGAGACACAACCAGUGUCCUCUUCAUAAUCAUUUCAUCCUUUGUUGCAUUGCUGAUACACAAGACAGGAGCGCAUUGAGCCACUGUGUGGAGUGACCCAGUAACAUACAGACUAGUAUGAAGACAAGACACCUGACAGAGAGACACACACAGAUGUCAACAUCGUGGAUUCCAGUACGCCAACUAUGAGGAACUGCUUCAGUGUCUCUGAGCUUCUGAUGCAAAACUUGAAAUGAGCUAGGCCAACACACACACACACACACACCCCUUUCCUACGCAAAUUCAACAAGUAUCAGAUGUGAGACUACUUUUCCUACUUGUAACAGUGAAGUUGAGAAAUCCAAAAAGCAAGUAGCAACCAUAUGCAUAGAUUUUUUUUCCACCACCAACCAUUACAAUUCAACCUGAAACUAUUUGGAAUACCAAUCCAACAACACUGCAUACCACUAUCUCUCUGUGCUCAUCAGAUGUACUUACGGGAGACACACAGAGCGCCUUUAGAAAGUACUCACACCCCUUGACUUAUUCCACAUUUUGUUGUAUUACAGCCUCAAUUCAAAAUGGAUUAAAUUGAGAUUGUGUGUCACUGGCCUGCACAAACAACACCUCAUAAUGUCAAAGUGGAAUUUAGUUUGUAGAACAUUUUAGAAGAAAAAAAACUAAACAAAUUAAGCUGAAAUGUCUUGAGUCAAUAAGUAUUCAACCCCUUUGCUAUGACAAGCCUAAAUAAGUUCAGGGGUAACAAUGUGCUUAACAAAUCGCAUAAUAAGUUGCAUGGACUCAUUAAGGUUCAAUAAUACUGGUUAACAUGAUUUUUGAAUGACUACCCCACCUCCGUACCCCACAUAUUAAAUUAUCUUUAAGGUCCCUCAAUCGAGUAGCGAAUUUCAAACACAGAUUCAACCACAAAGACCAGGGAGGUUUUUCAAUGCCUCGCAAAGAAGGGCACCUAUAGGUAGAUGGGUAAAAAAAUUAAAAUAAUAAAAAAACAGACAUUGAAUAUCCCUUUGAGCAUGGUGAAGUUAUUAAUUACACUUUGGAUGGUGUAUCAAUACACCUAGUCACUACAAAGAUACAGGCGUCCUUCCUAACUCAGUUGCCGGAGAGGAAGGAAACUGCCCAGGGAUUUCAGCCUGAGGCCAAUGGUGACUUUAAAACAGUUAGAGUUUAAUGGCUGUGAUAGGAGAAAACUGAGGAUGGAUCAACAACAUUGUAGUUACUCCACAUUACUAACCUAAUUGACAGAGUGAAAAGAAAGAAGCCUGUACAGAUAAAAAAUAUUCCAAAACAUGCAUCCUGUUUUCAACAACGCACUAAAGUACUACUGCAAAUGGGGCAAAGAAAUGAACUGAAUACAAAGCGUUAUAUUUAGGGCAAAUCCAACACAUCACAGAGUACCACUCUUCAUAUUUUCAAGCAUGAUGGUGGCUGCAUCAUGUUGUGGGUAUACUCGUCAUCGGCAAAGACUAGGGCGUUUUUUUUUUUAGCUUGAAAGUGUAUGGCAAGACUUAAAAAUGUCUGUCUAGCAAUGAUCAACAAUCAUCUUGACAGAGCUUGAAGAUUUUUUAUUUAUUUAUUUUUUAUUUAUUUUUAGAAUGGGCAAAUAUUUUACAAUCUAGGUGUGCAAAGCUCUUACAGACUUACCCAAAAAGACUCACAGCUGUAAUCGCCGCCAAAGGUGCUUCUACAGAGUAAUGACUCAGGGGUAUGAAUACUUAUGUAAAUGAGAUAUUUCAGUAUUUCAUUUUUUAUACAUUUGCUAAAAUUUCUAAAAACAUAUUUUCACUUUGUCAUUAUGGGGUACUGUGUGUAAAUGGGUGACAAAACAAUCUAUUUAAUCAAUUUUUAAAAUCAGGCUUUAACAAAAUAAUUGAAUGGACACUACUAACUCGCACUCUCGUCUCACCCCUACUACUACUCCUACCUGAAACACAUCCCCCCUACUACCACACUACUACACUACUACUACAGUUCUACUACUACUACACUAACCACUACUACUACUACUACUACAGUACUACUACUACUACUCCACUACCACUACUACUACUACCACUACAGUUACUACUACUACUACCACUACCACUACUACCACACUACUACCACUACUACUACUACCACCACUACUACUACUACAGUUCUACCACCACCACCACCACCUCUAACACACCCCCACUACUACUACUACUACUACUACUACUACUACCACCACCACCACCUCAAACACACCACUACUACUACUACUGCUACUACUACCACUACUACUGCUACUACUACUACUACCACCUCUAACACACCCCCACUACUACUACUACUACUACUACUACUACUACUACCACUACCACCACCUCAAACACACCACUACUACUACUACCACCACACUACUAGUACUAAUUGUUAUUUCUUUUGCUAAUUUGUACCCCAGUAUCUAUUUGCACAUCAUCUCUUGCACAUCUAUCAUUCCAGUGUUAAUACUAAUUGUAAUUAUUUUGCACUAUAGCCUAUUUAUUGCCUUACCUCCAUAACUAUACUACAUUGCACACACUGUAUAUAAUUUUCUGUUGUAUUUUGACUUUAUGUUUUUGUUAUUAAACCCCAUAUGUAACUCUGUGUUGUUGUUUUUAUCACACUGCUUUGCUUUAUCUUGGCCAGGUCGCAGUUGGAAAUGAGAACUUGUUCUCAACUGGCUUACCUGGUUAAAUAAAGGUGAAAUAAGAUAAAAAAUACUACUACUACUACUGCUACUACUACUACUGCUACUACUACUACCAUACCACCACCACUACUACCACUACUACCACCACUACUACUACUACUACUACCACUACUACUACUACUACCACUACCACUACUACUACCACCACCACCACCACUACUACUACUACCACUACUACUACUACUACCACCUCAAACACACCACUACUCCACAAACUACUGUCUCACACACCACUAUCUCAUUAGCCUGGUCCCAGAUCUGUUUGUGCCGUCUUGCCAAAAUGUGUGACAGUGAUCAUAGAAGUUGAUAAGACAGCACAAACAGAUCUGGGACCAGGCUACUACUCUGUCUCUGUGACUGACCUGGGUCCCCCUGGUCCUCAACCCUGUGUCUCUCCUCUGUAGUGUAGCCAAGGUAGCCAGGGUGGUUAGGGUAGCCAGGGUGGUUAGGGUGGUCAGGGUGGUUAGGGUAGCCAGGGUGGUUAGGGUGCCAGGUGCCAGGGUGGUUUAGGGGGUAGCCAGGGUGGUUAGGGUGCCAGGGUUAGCCAGGGUGGUUAGGGUGGUGGUUAGGGUAGCCAGGGUGGUUAGGGUAGCCAGGGUGUAGGGGGGUUAGGGUGGCCAGGGUGGUUAGGGUAGUUAGGGUGGUUAGGGUAGUUAGGGUGGUUAGGGUAGUCAGGGUGGUGGUUAGGGUGGCCAGGGUGGUUAGGGUAGCCAGGGUGGUUAGGGUGGCCAGGGUGGUUAGGGUAGCCAGGGUGGUUAGGGUUAGCAGGGUAGUUAGGGUGCCAGGUGGUUAGGGUGCCAGGGUGGUUAGGGUAGCCAGGGUGGUUAGGGUAGCCAGGGUGGUUAGGGUAGCCAGGGUGGUUAGGGUAGCCAGGGUGGUUAGGGUGAGGGUGGUUAGGGUAGCCAGGGUGGUUAGGGUUAGCCAGGGUGUAGCCAGGGUGGUUAGGGUAGCCAGGGUGGUUAGGGUAGUCCAGGGUGGUUAGGGUAGCCAGGGUGGUUAGGGUAGCCAGGGGUGGUAAGGGUGUGGUAGCGGGUGGUUAGGGUAGCCAGGGUGGUUAGGGUAGCCAGGGUGGUUAGGGUGGGUAGCCAGGGUGGUUAGGGUAGCCAGGGUGGUUAGGGUGCCAGGGUGGUUAGGGUAGCCAGGGUGGUUAGGGUAGCCAGGGUGGUUAGGGUAGCCAGGGUGGUUGGGUUGCAGGGUGGUAGGGUGCCAGGGGUGGUUAGGGUAGCCAGGGUGGUUAGGGUAGCCAGGGGUGGUUGCAGGUGUUAGGGUGCCAGGGUGGUUAGGGUAGCCAGGGUGGUUAGGGUAGCCAGGGUGGUUAGGGUAGCCAGGGUGGGUUAGGGUGAGCCAGGGUGGUUAGGUGCAGGGUGGUUAGGGUGCCAGGGGGGGUGGUUAGGGUAGCCAGGGUGGUUAGGGUAGCCAGGGGGGUGGUUAGGGUGGCCAGGGGUGGUAGGGUUUAGCCAGGGUGGUUAGGUAGCCAGGGGGUUAGGUGCCAGGGUGGUUAGGGUGCCAGGGGGGGGUUUAGGGUAGCCAGGGUGGUUCAGGGUUGGUGCCAGGGUGUUAGGGUGCCAGGGUGGUUAGGGUGCCAGGUAGCCAGGGUGGUUAGGGUAGCCAGGGUGGUUAGGGUGGCCAGGGUGGUUAGGGUAGCCAGGGGUGGUAGGUUUUAGGGUAGCCAGGGUGGUUAGGGUAGCCAGGGUGGUUAGGGUGCCAGGGUGGUUAGGGUGCCAGGGGUGGUUAGGGUGGCCAGGGUGGGUUAGGGUGCCAGGGUGGUGCGGGUAGGCCAGGGUGGUUAGGGUGGCCAGGGUGGUUAGGGUAGCCAGGGUGGUUAGGGUAGCCAGGGUGGUUAGGGUAGCCAGGGUGGUUAGGGUAGCCAGGGGGUUAGGUGCCAGGGUGGUUAGGGUAGCCAGGGUGGUUGGGUAGCCAGGUGUUAGGGUAGCCAGGGUGGUUAGGGUAGCCAGGGUGGUUAGGGUAGCCAGGGUGGUUAGGGUAGCCAGGGUGGUUAGGGUAGCCAGGGUGGUUAGGGUAGCCAGGGUGGUUAGGGUAGCCAGGGUGGUUAGGGUAGCCAGGGUGGUUAGGGUAGCCAGGGUGGUUAGGGUAGCCAGGGUGGUUAGGGUAGCCAGGGUGGUUAGGGUAGCCAGGGUGGUUAGGGUAGCCAGGGUGGUUAGGGUAGCCAGGGUGGUUAGGGUAGCCAGGGUGUGUUAGGGUAGCCAGGGUGGUUGGGUCCAGUAGGUAGCCAGGGUGGUUAGGGUAGCCAGGGUGUUAGGGUGCCAGGGUGGUUAGGGUAGCCAGGGUGGUUAGGGUGCCAGGGUGGUUAGGGUAGCCAGGUGGUUAGGGUAGCCAGGGUGGUUAGUAGGUAGCCAGGUGUUAGGGUACCAGGGUGGUUAGGGUAGCCAGGGUGGUUAGGGUAGCCAGGGUGGUUAGGGUAGCCAGGGUGGUUAGGGUAGCCAGGUGGUUAGGUAGCCAGGAGUGGUUAGGAGCCAGGUGGAGCACGGUACACAGGCUGGUUAGGGUGCCAGGUGGUUAGGUAGCCAGGGUUAAGGGUAGCCAGGGUGUUAGGUAGCCAGGGGGUUAGACAGUACCAGUGGUAGUAGAGAGAGCCAGGGUGGUUGGUAGCCAGUAAGUACAGGGUGUAGUAGCCAGUGGUUAGGAGUAGCCAGGGUGUUAGGGUAGCCAGGUGGUAGGGUAACGCACACAGCUUUAGGGAUCCAGCUGUAUGGUACUGCCAGGUGGUAGAGAUACCAGGGCAUGUAACAGGAGCAACGUCACAAAGGAAUCAGGACAAGUACCAGGCAGUCAACGUCAGACAAGUGCCAGGGCAGUACACAGAUGAAAGCAACAAGCGCAGUUAGAAUGCGUCCACGCAGGACAAGGUCAACCAGGCUAGACAAGUCAACACAGCAGACAUGUCACAGCGAACGUCACACACAGCAGGACAACGUCAACAACAGCAGACAACGUCAACAACAGCAGCAGAACAACGUCAACAACAGCAGACAACGUCAACAACAGCAGCAGACAACGUCAACAACAGCAGACAACGUCAACAACAGCAGACAAUGUCAACAACAGCAGACAACGUCAACAACAGCAGACAACGUCAACAACAGGUCAAACGCCAUGCUCUACCAACUGAGCUACAUCCCUGCCGGCCAUUCCCUCCCCUACCCUGAACGACACUGGGCCAAUUGUGCGCCGCGCCAUGGGGUCUCCCGGUCACGGCCGGCUACGACAGAGCCUGGAUACCUAGUCAGUUGAAUGCAUUCGACUGAAAUGUGUCUUCCGCAUUUAGCCCAACCCCUCUGAAUCAGAAAGGUGCAGGGGGCUGACUUAAAUCGACAUCCACGUCAUCGGCACCCAGGGAACAGUGGGUUAAUUGCCUUGCUCAGGGGCAGAACUACAGAUUUUUACCUUGUCAGCUAAAUAAAUAGUCUGAAGCAUUGGCCAUCUGCAUGAACCCCAUUGGACACAACAUCUUGAUUUAAAUUGUUAUUAAUAACAAUUUGAAAGUAUUAAUAAUAGAUUAUUAUUCACUCAAAUUUAAUUUAGGGUGUUUCUAUUACAAAGUACACUACCGUUCAAAAGUUUGGGGUCACUGAUCAGAAAUACAGUGUAGACAUUGUUAAUGUUGUAAAUGGCUAUUGUAGCUGGAAACGGCUGAUUUUUUAUGGAAUAUCUACAGAGGCCCAUUAUCAGUCCUGUGUUCCAAUGGCACGUUGUGUUUGCUAAUCCAAGUUUAUCAUUUUAAAAGGCUAAUUGAUCAAUAGAAAACCCUUUUGCAAUGAUGUUAGCACAGCUGAAAACUGUUGUGCUGAUUAAAGAAGCAAUAAAACUGGACUUCUAGUUGAGUAUCUGGAGCAUCAGCAAUUGGGGGUUCGAUUACAGAAUCAAAGUGGCCAGAAACAAAUAAUUUUCUUCUGAAACUCGUCAGUCUUUUCUUGUUCUGAGAAAUGAAGGCUAUUCCAUGGGAGAAAUUGCCAAGAAACUGAAGAUCUCGUACAAUGCUGUGAUCUCGUACAACGCUGGGCGGCAGGUAGCUUAGUGGUUAAGAGCGUUGUGCCAGUAACCGAAAGGUCGCUGGUUCUAAUCCCCGAGCCGACUAGGUGAAAAAUCUGUCGAUGUGCCCUUGAGCAAGGCACUUAACCCUAAUUGCUCCUGUAAGUCGCUCUGGAUAAGAGCGUCUGCUAAAUGACUUAUUUAUUUAUUUAUUUAUUUUACUACUCCCUUCACAGAACAGCGCAAACUGGCUCUGACCAGAAUAGAAAGAGGAGUGGGAGGCCCCGGUGCACAACUGAGCAAGAGGACAAAUACAUUAGAGUGUCUAGUUUGAGAAACAGACGCCUCACAGGUCCUCAACUGGCAGCUUCAUUAAAUAGUACCCGCAAAACACCAGUCUCAACGUCAACAGUGAAGAGGCGACUCUGGGAUGCUGACCUUCUAGGCAGAGUUGCAAAGAAAAAGCCAUAUCUCAGACUGGCCAAUAAAUAUAAAAGAUUAAGAUGGGCAAAAGAACACAGACACUGGACAGAGUAAGAUUGGAAAAAAAGUGUUAUGGACAGACAAAUCUAAGUUUGAGGUGUUCGGAUCACAAAGAAGAACAUUUGUGAGACGCAGACCAAAUGAAAAGAUGCUGGAGGAGUGCUUGAUGCCAUCUGUCAAGCAUGGUGGAGGCAAUGUGAUGGUCUGGGGGUGCUUUGGUGGUGGUAAAGUGGGAGAUUUGUACAGGGUAAAAGGGAUCUUGAAGAAGGAAGGCUAUCACUCCAUUUUGCAACGCCAUGCCAUACCUGUGGAUGGCGCUUGAUUGGAGCCAAUUUCCUCCUACAACAGGACAAUGACCCAAAGCACAGCUCCAAACUAUGCAAUAACUAUUUAGGGAAGAAGCAGUCAGCUGGUAUUCUGUCUAUAAUGGAGUGGCCAGCACAGUCACCGGAUCUCAACCCUAUUGAGCUGUUGUGGGAGCAGCUUGACCGUAUGGUACGUAAAAAGUGCCCAUCAAGCCAAUCCAACUUGUGGGAGGUGCUUCAGGAAGCAUGGGGUGAAAUCUCUUCAGAUAACCUCAACAAAUUGACAACUAGAAUGCCAAAGGUCUGCAAGGCUGUAAUUACUGCAAAUGGAGGAUUCUUUGGCGAAAGCAAAGUUUGAAGGACACAAUCAUUAUUUCUAACCUUGUCAAUGACUACAUUUCCUAUGCAUUUUGCUAUAUUUCCUAUUCAAACUCAUUUCAUGUAUGUUUUCAUGGAAAACAAGGAAAUUUCUAAGUGACCCCAAACUUUUGAACGAUAGUGUAUGUCAUUGUCCCUUUAAGACGCCAUUGCCCCUUUAAGAGCUCAAUUGCACCUAAACCAAGCUUGAAACUGGUUGUAUAGAUGCAUUUGUAAUACAAUUUUAGGAGUAGAGAAAUACUGUAAACGUGGUAGCAGUGGAAAUUUUGGAUCCCACUCUUUUUUAACAAAGGACAAAACUGCUUUCAAAAGUGUUUUUACCACGAUUGCAUUAAGUAUUGUUGUGCAUUGACUGCUUGUCAGAAUACGUUUCCCUCCCUAUGGCUCUCGCAACUUGAAUGCGCCUCAAUAGGAAUAUUUAUCUCACAUAGAACAAACAACAACAAGCCGACUAGGUAAAUAGGUCAACUAUUCUACUAUGGGGUUGUCUGGUUUAGUUUUAAUAACACCAUUACAUGACUAGGUAAAUAGGUCAACUAUUCUACUAUGGGGGUGUCUGGUUUAGUUUUAAUAACACCAUUACAUGACUAGGUAAAUAGGUCAACUAUUCUACUAUGGGGGUGUCUGGUUUAGUUGAAUAACACCAUUACAUGACAUAGGUAAAUAGGUCAACUAUUCUACUAUGGGGGUGUCUGGUUUAGUUUAAUAACACCAUUACAUGAUUAGGUAAAUAGGUCAACUAUUCUACUAUGGGGUUGUCUGGUUUAGUUUUAAUAACACCAUUACAUGACUAGGUAAAUAGGUCAACUAUUCUACUAUGGGGUUGUCUGGUUUAGUUGAAUAACACCAUUACAUUACUAGGUAAAUAGGUCAACUAUUCUACUAUGGGGGUGUCUGGUUUAGUUGAAUAACACCAUUACAUGACAUAGGUAAAUAGGUCAACUAUUCUACUAUGGGGUUGUCUGGUUUAGUAUAAUAACACCAUUACAUGACUAGGUAAAUAGGUCAACUAUUCUACUAUGGGGUUGUCUGGUUUAGUUUAAUAACACCAUUACAUGACAUAGGUAAAUAGGUCAACUAUUCUACUAUGGGGUUGUCGUGUUUAGUUGAAUAACACCAUUACAUGACAUAGGUAAAUAGGUCAACUAUUCUACUAUGGGGUUGUCUGGUUUAGUUGAAUAACACCAUUACAUGACAUAGGUAAAUAGGUCAACUAUUCUACUAUGGGGUUGUCUGGUUUAGUUUUAAUAACAACGUUACAUUGUAAAAAUAGUAGCAUCCAUCCCUGAGUGAGUAGAGGCUUUGAAUGACCUUGACAGCAGCUAUAGUACAUUUACAUUUUUACAUUUUAGUCAUUUAGCAGACGCUCUUAUCCAGAGCGACUUACAGCUAGUGAGUGCAUACAUUAUUUUGUAUUUAUUUUUCAUACUGGCCCCCAGUGGGAAUCGAACCCACAACCCUGGCGUUGCAAACGCCAUGCUCUACCAACUGAGCUACAUCCCUGCCGGCCAUUCCCCUCCCCUACCCUGGACGACGCUGGGCCAAUUGUGCGCCGCCCCAUGGGUCUCCCGGUCACGGCCGGCUACGACAGAGCCUGGAUUCGAACCAGGAUCUCUAGUGGCACAGCUAGCACUGCGAUGCAGUGCCUUAGACCACUGCCCCACUCGGGAGGUUGGCUACACACUGCUGUCUGAGUUGAGCGAUGCGGUGGUGCGCAUUAUAGACUGUUUAAGGGGGCUUUCACUGUUUAAGGGGGCUUUCACUGUUUAAGGGGGCUUUCACUGUUUAAGGGGGCUUUCACUGUUUAAGGGGGCUUUCACUGUUUAAGGGGGCUUUUUUGUGUGUGUUCUUUUCCCAAACUCUGGUGCGUUUACCCCCUUAGUUUGGUUCUUUUGGACGGGUGUGAACACUAUCCACACUCGGGAAGCGCACUAACCAACGCACAGCGGUUACUAACCAACGCACAGCGUUUACUAACCAACGCACAGCGGUUACUAACCAACGCACAGCGUUUACUAACCAACGCACAGCGUUUACUAACCAACGCACAGCGUUUACUAACCAACGCACAGCGUUUACUAACCAACGCACAGCGGUUACUAACCAACGCACAGCGGUUACUAACCAACGCACAGCGGUUACUAACCAACGCACAGCGGUUACUAACCAACGCACAGCGGUUACUAACCAACGCACAGCGGUUACUAACCAACGCACAGCGUUUACUAACCAACGCACAGCGGUUACUAACCAACGCACAGCGGUUACUAACCAACGCACAGCGGUUACUAACCAACGCACAGCGGUUACUAACCAACGCACAGCGGUUACUAACCAACGCACAGCGGUUACUAACCAAGCACGCGGUUACUAACCAACGCACAGCGUUUACUAACCAACGCACAGCGUUACUAACCAACGCACAGCGGUUACUAACCAACGCACAGCGUUUACUAACCAACGCACAGCGGUUACUAACCAACGCACAGCGGUUACUAACCAACGCACAGCGGUUACUAACCAACGCACAGCGGUUACUAACCAACGCACAGCGGUUACUAACCAACGCACAGCGGUUACUAACCAACGCACAGCGGUUACUAACCAACGCACAGCGGUUACUAACCAACGCCAGCGGUUACUAACCAACGCACAGCGGUUACUAACCAACGCACAGCGUUUUCUAACUAGUUCACAUGGGGUUGCAGGUUUGAACCAGUCGGCCAACGGCAGGAGGUGAGCCUCAUCAGGUCCGGACCAAACACAGGAAAGAGUUCCUCAUCAUUAUUGGUUGUUUUGACUGCGAGAAGCAUCAUAACUUCAUAUCUCUGAAACAUUCUGUGUGUAGCAGUGUAUUUAUGAGCGCAUUCGACGCAGAUCAUGGGAGACUGGGGUUAUAGUCCCACAUGGCCAUAUAGGCUACAGAAUAUAGACAGUCACAUCUCAGAGCGGCUAUUGCGCUGUUUGCUCCCACAUGUUGUUGGGAGACCAAAGCGAAAGUACUAUGAAGAUUGGGAAACACAAGUGAUGCUUCAUGACAAUCAUAGAUGAGCAUUUUUGUCCAAUAAAUAAAUGACUUGCAUGGACACGUGGUUUUGUUCGGGAAUUUUUGUUCGUUUGACAUUUGGCAAUGUGAAACUAACUGGACCAAAUUUUAAAAAAAAUACAAUGUAACAAAUAAUCAAACUUUGAUUUCAACUAUUGCUCAAAACCAUGUGUGAAAUUCCAUUUAUCUGAACAUCGGAGUGUCGCAAACAAUCAUGCAUGUCAGUUCAGCGCGCACAGCGUAACAAGAGAAAUUAAAAUAAAAUAUUUGAGAACACAUUUAUUUGGGAAUAUAUUUCGUAGAACAGACAUGCUUCUGAAUUAGGCUUUGCCAUCUCCAAACCUGCCCCCGCCCCAACAGAAAUCCAUGGCAGUGUGCCUGGUGCAAAGUAACCAUGUUUUUAUCAAACGGGAAAUGCCCCACUCAUCUGGCACACCAGGCAGGUUCAAGCAAAUGCUCAACACUGUUUGAAAGAUUUUGAAUACUAUUUGAACCCAGCAUGUCCGCCGCUCUCAAACGGGUCCUGGCUCUGAGCCAGCCCUGCAGGAUCAACACUAUGGCCCGCCCUGCAGGAGAGACUGACCUGCUACUGGAGCACACAACCUCUGACAGGAAGACUGACAGACAGACCAGCCAAUGGGAGAGCAGAUUCAGAGCUCUGACUAAUCCCACUGGUCGGCUAGGGACAAGAGGGUGGGGGUUCCUAGAAGGUGUCUAGCUACUGUGGGAUGUUGACAGAUAAUCAUUGGAGGAGGGGAGGAGAAAGGAGUGAGGAGAGAGGAGAACCAAGGAGAGAAGAGGACAGAGGAGAGAGGAGAACAGAGGAGAGGAGGGCAGAGGACAGAGGAGAGGAGGCCAGAGGACAGAGUGGAGGGGAGGGCAGAGGACAGAGGAGAGGAGGCCAGAGGAGAGGGAGACAGGAGGAGAGGAGAAGAGGGCAGAGGAGAGGAGGCCAGAGGAGAGGAGGCCAGAGGAGGACAGAGGAGAAGAGGGCAGAGGAGAGGAGUGGAGGGGAGGGGAGGGCCAAGGGAGAGGAAGAGGGAGCAAAGGACAGAGGGAGGGGCAAGGACAGAGGAGAGAGGGCAGGGGCAGGAGGCCAGAGUGGGAGGGGAGGACAGAGAGGGAGGAGGACAGAGGGGAGGAGGACAGAGGGAGGGAGGACGGGAGAGGAGAGAAGGGAGACGAGGGAAGAGGAGGGAGAGGGAGAGGAGGAGAGAGAGGAGAGGACGAGAGAGGAGGAGGGCUGCUGUUACUUACAGCUGA